AUGACGAAGGUGUCUACACAUUGUGUUGAUGUGGCCAACUGCUCUUGUUUCCAACACAAUACCAUUGCCGACUGUUCAAGAAAGCAGUUGUCAUUUGUUCCAAAUUUUCAACCUAAUGUGACAAAAAUCGACCUGAGCUUCAACAUCAUAUCAACAUUAUUACCUGGCAAAUACGUAAGUGUAAAAUCAGAUUCAUCAGUCAAGCCAAGAAAAAGCAACGGGCCAUUUACUUCCUUAUCCCACCUCAAGUUCCUUGACCUCUCCAAUAACAAAUUACAGUAUAAACCGGAAGUGUUCCCUGUUGGAGUAUUUGAGGGUCUAGUGAAUCUGGAAACAUUGUACAUACAACAUAACAAUAAUUACAACGAGGAUCAGGCUAAUCUCAUCUAUCCCCAAAGUCUCAGCAAACUCACCAAACUGAAACGACUCCGGAUUGAUGGGCUGGACGCCACAUUGAAUAUCUCCAGAAUACUACCAACAAUGCUUGCGCUGGAAGAAUUGAACAUCUCCGGGGCAAGUGGAAUGUGCUACAUUAAGAAGUUUGAGGCACAGUUCUUUAAAAAUGUUCCAAAUCUAGACAUCAAGGGAAAGACAUUUGAACGCCUGACAAAUCUGGAGAUUAUUGAUCUGUCAUCGAACCGAAUUGCUGAACUUGGAUCAAUGAUAUUGAAAAAUCAAGCAAAUAUGACUACACUUAAUCUAAGUUCUAACCUUUUACGGAAAUUUGACGUUAAAAUUGGUCACAUGGAAAAACUACAAUAUCUUGAUCUGUCAGAUAAUCAACUCCCAUAUCUAGAUCCUUCAAGCAUGUCGGAAAUCAACAAUUUGCUUGCCCGAACGAACUUGAGUAUUGAUUUAUCAAAUAAUCCAAUUCAAUGUUCGUGUGAGAAACUGGAAUUCCUCCGAUGGAUGGUGACGAACAAACGCGUGUUUUCAAAGUUUGAAAAGUACCAAUGUUCUUUCAGCAAUGGGACGACGGUGUCUUUCCAUAACCACGAUUCUCCACUUGUCGAGCUAGAAGUGAGGUGUGCCAGUUACGUACCGCUUAUUGUGUGUGUAGUAACGGCCAUUGUCCUCUCCCUGUCGGUAGCUAUAGGCGGUCUGGUUUAUCGGUACAGGUGGAAAUUGCGCUAUCUCUUUUAUAUAGCAAGGAAUAAUUUCACUCUGAGCAAUAAUGUAAGGAAGGACCGCCGUGAUCGUCUGCUCUAUAAGUAUGACGCGUUCAUAUCGCAUGCUGAUGAGGAUUCCGAAUUCGUCGUUGGCGAUCUUCUUCAAAAUAUGGAGGAGACUCGCCAGUUUACCAUUUGUGUACACCAGCGUGAUUUCAUAGCGGGGCGAGAUAUUGCUGGCAACAUAACAAACGCCAUCCACAACAGCCGUAAGACGGUUCUGAUACUGUCUCCAGACUUCCUCCGCUCAAACUGGUGUAUGUUCGAGUUCAACAUGGCGCGGAUGGAAGGGAUCUACUCCAGGGAGAAUACAAGCAACAUCUUCAUCGUGUUCUAUAAACAUGUCCGACCAGAAGAUCUUCCUCUCACUGUAAUGGAGUUCAUCAACAGCGAAACUUACCUGGAGUACCCUGGCGAUUUACAGGGGAACGCUGUUUUCUGGGACAAAAUGGCGCAAGCUUUGGCGGUGUAAUAUUACGGUUUGAGACAGGUGCA